ACGUACUCCAGAUCCCAAAAAGCCCAAUAAAAAUUCCCAAAGAAACUUUCAUCUUCUUCUCUGUUUUCCCCUUUCCUCAUCAAUAAAUCAAUGGCGGUGAAAUUGAUCGUUACUCUCGUGUUCUCAAUGUGUAUUCUCCUUCCAUUUUCAUCACCCAAAUCUACCGACUUCCAUUAUUGCAAUAAGAAGGCCGAUUAUGCUGUUAAGGUGAAUGGAGUAGAUAUAACACCUUAUCCUGUUAAAGGAGGUAAAGAGGCUACUUUCAGUAUUGCUGCAACUACAGAUGAUAAUAUCAGUGGCGGAAAGUUGAUUAUUGACGUCAAGUAUCUAUUCCUUCACGUACAUCAUGAGACUCGUGACAUUUGUAAAGAGACAUCUUGCCCCAUUUCUGGUGAUUUUGUGCUUUCACACUCUCAAGCGUUACCUGGAAUCGCUCCUCCAGGCUCGUAUACUCUUACGAUGAAAAUGGUGGAUGGAAACAAUCAGGAAUUGUCAUGCAUAACCUUUGGCUUCAGUAUGAGUUUAAUUGCAGACUCCAAAGCAGUAGCAGAUGCUUAAGUCGUUAUUAUCGUUGAUUCUUGUACAUACUACAUACAUCACUAACUGUUGUUGUUUUAUUGAGUCGAGGGUCUAUUGGGAACAUCAUGAGGCAGGGGUAUAGUCGUGUACAUUCUACCCUUUCCACACCCCAUUUUAUGGGAUUACACCUUGUAUAUGUUGUUGGUGUGAUAUAAUAUCUCCUUUUCAUGUGAAGUCUGUGUCAAUUUCUUUUGGGGUGAAUUUAAUGGGUGAAAUAUGGAGUAUUUGAACAUGAAA